CAUACACACAACACAAAGAAGCAAAAAAACAACAACUUCCAAAAUAUUUACUUUCUCUUUUUCAAUAUUUGACAUGCAAGAGAAGUCGAGAAUGCAGAGGAAGAGAUCGGUUAUGGCUCGUAGAGCUUGGAACGUUCUCCGUUUAGCCUUGUUAUGGGCGAGAAAAGGUGGCAUUUUCAAGAACAAGCACCUCGUGGAUCUCCGUUUGCUUCCAAAAUAUAUUAAAAGUCUCUGUCAUACCAAUGAUUACUAUGGGACACUAUAUUAUGGUGAGCGUGAGUUUUCGUUUGAUGAUACCCCUAUUAUUCAUGUUAAGAUGCAUCGCCCUGCUUCCUUGCGUUUUAAGUUACCAAACAUCCCCUGCAUCAAACCUCAAGUCGAUUUUGACUUUGACUUUGAGCGCAAUGAUGAAAUGAACAAUGAUGAUAAUAAUGAUGAUGCUGCUCCUAGGAAGAGCUUUUUGAAUACUGAGGAUGAGAAUGUGAGGUGCGAGGAGAUCAAUUGUGAUGAAGCUAUUGAUAUGAAAGCAGAAGAGUUUAUUGCAAAGUUCUAUGAGCAAAUAAAACUUCAAAGACAAAUAUCAUAUAUACAAUAUCAUGAGACGCUCUCUAAUUAAAUUAAUACUACUUAUAAACCUUCUUUUUCAUAUUCUCUUGCGGCAUUUUUGUACAUAGAAGAGGUACUCCUCCAUCUAUCCAUUCCACAUUACUGAUA